CGGGGUCUCCGGGCGGAAGCUGGCUCCCUGCUCCCGGACUGCGCGGAGCAGGGCCGCCCCGGCGCGCCCAGCCCUAGUUCUUCCCCCGCAGCCGCACCCCGGGCCCCCUCCCUCCAGUGCUGACUUCGGCUGCGGCCUCCGCGAGGGUAGCGGAGCAGCCUGCGCGCCAGCGGGCGGGAAACGGGCGCCCCCGGCCGUGCCGGAAGCUGGGAACAGAAGCGUAGUCCUGGGAUGGCGCGCCAGGUAAGGUGUGUAGAUCCGAGAGCUGGAGGGAGAGCCCCAUCUGCCAGCCUGGGCACAGUUUGGGUGUCCAUCGCCUUCCAGGACCUGGCCGUGCGGUUCUCUGAGGAGGAGUGGCGGCUGCUGGAGGAGGGUCAGAGGGCACUGUACCAGGACGUGAUGCGGGAGAACUAUGAGACGCUGCUGUCCCUGGGGACAGCUGAGCUGCUCCCCCUCUCUGCCUUCCUGUCUCCCACGGAGCCUGGGGGCACCGUGGGUGGUGGGAGCCUUGCUGGCGAGGGGCAGGAGCUUCCUAGGGGAGGAGGCCCCCCUGGAGGAGCGCCCCAGCCCAGCCUGCACCUCACCGCCCUGGUGCGGCUGGUGAAGGAGAUCCCGGAGUUCCUGUUCGGGGAGGUCAGCCCUGAGAGCAGGGGAGCCAGCCCUGACGGCGAGCGGGCGAGCCCCGACGCAGCCGGGCCCACGGAGACCCGCCCCCUCGGAGGCCUGCCCCGCUGUCGUCCGUACACGCCUGUCGGCCAGCACGGCCCAGCCACCGCACGCAGUGGCAGCUCGUCCUCCAGCAGCCUGCCUGCCUCGGGGGGGCAGGGAAGCCCCCUCCCCGUCAAAACUGCGGACACACGGAGGCCCACAGAGAAGGAGGGCCCAGGAGCCGCAGGCAGGGAGCCCAGCUCUCCCACCUGUAGCUCCGGCAAGAGGAAGAACCACAGACAGCAGGAGGGAGGGACCCUGGGGGCAGGUGCCACGGGACUCUCUCCUGGAAAUAGCCCCUUACAAGGCCUCAUCAACUGCCUGAAGGAGAUCCUUGUGCCUGGGCCCCAGCACCCUGAGGUGCCCCUGAGCAUGCCCCUUCCUGUCCCUGGUCAGAAUGCCUCUCGGCUAACCAGAGCAGAGCUGCAACCUGGGAGCCCACCCUGGGGAGUGAAGACAGAGGCAGCUUCCAGGGACUGUCCCCUCCGAGGUCUGCUGAACUGUCUGAAGGAGAUCCCAGAGGUCCCAGACAGUCAUCCCGGCCUCUCAGGAGCGGAGGACCUAUGGCUGCAGGAAGAUCAAGGAGCCUGGAAAAGGAAUUCUGCAGGGCCCGGACCCCUUCGGACCCCUCCCCCUGGCCCUGGUCCUGGAGCUGGCAGCGCGCUCUCUGUGGUGAAAAUGGAGGAUGGCUGGGCCCAGAGACCCCCAGUCUCAGCAUCUUGUCAGCUCAGCAAGUGGACCCACAGCCCCGCUGCCACCAGCAGCUCCGGGUGUGAUGGGGACACCGCAAGGGUCCUAGUAUCCAGAUGGGGCCCUGCAGCUCAAGAGGUGACCGUGGGGCCUCUUCUGGCUCUGGGCCUGCAGGGCUGUGUGAGAGACAACUCUGCCCUCCCUCCUGGCCCCCAGAGCACCCCCACCAGCUUCUCCUCGUCCAGCAGCGCUGAUGGAGACCUGGAUUUCCAGAGCCCUGAGGGCAGCCAGGGGCAUCGGCCUGUAAAAGGGAGCCCCAUGGGAAGCUCCCCACUUCAGGACUUGGAGAACUGUCUCAGAGAGAUACCUGUGCCCAGGCCACAGCCUGCCUGCUCCUGGUCCUUGGCUGGGGACAGAGGCCCAUGGAGUUCAGAGCCCAAGAAUUGGACAGCAGACAAGGAAGGGCCCACGGCACUGGCAGGCCUCUUGGCUUCUAUUGAAACAGGACUGAGAGGCGAGGCCUGUGAGCCGGCCCACCUGGGACAGCAGUGGGGGUACAUGCCCCCCAGGAGCCUCCAGCUGGCCAGCCCGCAGGUGCCCACCUCUAGCAGUGUCCCCAGCUGCUACCAGCGAGGGCUCAAAGACCAGGUCCCCAGGCCGGGACCAUGGAGGUGCCUCCAAGACGGGGCAGCCGCUGAGCCCUCUCCACUCCACCGCCUGGAGAGCUCUCUGAAGGGGAUCUUGCCUGGGAGGCCCUUGCGUUUUGCCUGCUUGGUAGGCCCCAGCCCCAGGCCCGGCUCCCGCUCCUGCUGCAGCUCCAGCAGCUCAGAAGGAGAAGACCUGCGGCCGGAGCCUGAGCUCUGGCAGCCACUCCAGGCGGGGGACCAUCUUCCCAGCUGCAAGCGUCCUGGGCCUGCAUCCCCACGCCCUGGCGGCACCCCUGCUGGCAGCUGCCCUGGUGAAGGCCCAAGGAGAGCAGAGCCCAGAGGCCGCUGUGCCCUCAGUGCAGCAGGGAAAGCAGAAGAGGAGGCAGGAGGCAGGUCCCAGUCACCCUGGAGAGAAGCGUGCUUGGGGACCCGGGGCCAGUGUGGCCCCCUUGGCAGCCCCAAAGGAGGGGCAGCCGUGAGCCCUGGCCCUGCUUUGCGGCUGGAGAAAAGGCCUGGACCGGGGUCCCGCCAGCCUCCUGGGACAGCCCUGGGACUCCUGCCCUUGAAGCCCUGGAUUAGUGAAGAACCCAGGAGCCUGGAGCCUGGGAAUGGAGGAACAAGUGUUGCAGCCAGGAACGACGGGAGGCUGCUUCCCAGAGGCCCGCCCAAGCCACCCCCUGCUCCUCCGCCCGCCUCCGUGCGGCCUCCGUGCCCCUGUGGGAGUUCCCUGCAGCAAGAGCUCCGGGACCUGAGUGCCGCCCUCUCAGAGAAGCUGGACCGGCUCGCCACAGCCCUGGCAGGCCUGUCUCAGGAAGUGGCCUCCGUGAGGACCCAGGUGGACCGGCUAGGGAGGUGCCCUCGGGGCCCUAGGCCGAAGGGCCUGGCUUCCUGGUGCUGGUCCCGCUCCCGGGGACCUCGCUGGGCUAAUGGUCCUGCUCCCAGACCCUUGCCCUACUGGAGGCAGAAGGGCCCCACCAGGCCCAAACCAAAGAUCCUGCGGGGCCAGGCAGAGGGCUGCAGGGCUGGGCACUCCUCAGGCCCCUCCCAAGGGAGGCUCCGCCUGGUGCCUCCGCGGCCUCCAGACGCUCCCCCUGCAGAGCCUUCCGGGCCCCACUCCAGCCCUUACCAGCAGCCCCUCUCAGCAUGCAGCUGCCGUGCUGUGCUGACUGUACGUGCCCCCCUCGGCCACAGCGGGGGACACCAGAGCCCCCCUGUCCCCGCAGUGCCUGCCGCCUUACCCCCCCAGAUGGCCCUUCCUGCAGCCAGUGCAGAUACAGAGCCACUGGCUGCAGCCGCUGUGCCAACCGGGACCCCAAACCAGCCCAAGGAUCCUAACAGCCUGGUGGCUGGGGUCGAGAGGACACUGGAGGGGGAACUGUGGGGUGGGGAACAUGGGGGUCUGAGGUGGGGGGUCCCUUGCCGCCUUCUUCAUCGGCUCAGUCCUGCUGAGGAUGCCGUGCCCCCUGCCUCCUCUCCUAGGGCCUGUCCCAGCCUGUCACCCUGCUGUAGCCGAACCUUCCCCGUUUCUCGGCCAUGAAGGGCCUGGGAGUUCCUCCACUGGCCUGACCCCACCCCAGCUCUGUUUGCUCAGGGAGGCCACUGUCAGGGUGCGUUUCUCAGCCGUGCCUGUGGCCGCCUUGGCUCAGGUUCAUUCAAUGUCGUGUCCCUUCCUGUCGUGUCCUUCCCACUGGAGCUGCCGUGGCUUGCAGGCCAGCGGUGUGCGUACACGUGUGCACACCACAGGGGCUGGGGCAACGACCAGCUGCAGGCCGUGAGGGCCCUCUUCCCAACACCUGCCCUUCCCAAUCUCAGCACCGAGAAGGGCUGGGCUCGCUCUCCCUUUCUGGUAAAUAGUGCACAGGUUUCAUUUGGGAGAACUCUGCCCCUUGGUCCAAGCUGGAUUCUACCCAUGUGGAUUCUAAAACUAAAGAAGUUGGUUGCUUGCCUGUGUGGGGCUGCACCAGGGCCCCCCGGACACCCUCGAGAGCAUUCCGCACCGUCCCAUAAGGCCGGGAAGGUGGGCUGCCAGACAGAACUCCCAGACAGCUCCUCGGAAAAGAGCGGUGCACACUGCAUUUGUUCUCCGGGGCUGCUGGUGACAAUGUGCCACAGCCUGGGCGCCGUAGCAGCAGACAUUCACGCCCGCACAGUCUGGAGGCCAGAAGUCCAGGGUCACGGUGUCGGCAGCAUGGUUCCUUCUGAGGGUGGGCGAGAGUCGGUUCCAGGCCUCUCCUGGCUCCUCAGUGGGUGCUUUACGUUCACACGGCGUUCUCCUUUUGAGCACGUCUCUGUGAUUCCCCCGGGUAUCAGGGCACCAGUCACUUUGGACUAGGCCCACCCUAAAGCCCUCCCUUUAACUUGAUCACCUCUGUAAAGACCCUGUCUCCAAAUAAGGUCAUAUUCUGAGGUCCUGGGAGUUAGGACUCCAGCACGAAUUUGGGGGGCACAGUUGAAACCGUAACAUAUAAGGGGCUGGGCUAGUCUUGGGUCUGGGGAGAAGGAAACAUGGCAGGAGUGUGCUCGGGCCAGCAGGCCUGCUCUGGGCCGCACCCCUCGGGGGGCCCUUGGGGCAUGUAUACUGGGGAACUCGGCUGUCGCCUCCUUACCUCAUGUCCUUCCCCAGAGUCAGACCUUCUCCCCAGCCUCACGUUCCCACCUGCGUCCUUCUUGGAUUUGAGGACUCUUCGGGAAACGUGUGCGUGGGUUGCCCAGGAGGACGCCUGGCAUGGGUGGGCCGCGGGUGCACCCGUGCAGAGGCCCCUGGCUUGGGGCCCAGGCACACACAUGGCUGCCGUGCCCUGUGUGUCCACGGCGACCCCGGGUGAGGGUGGGCGGGUGCAGAUACACUGUCACAAGGUGGGCAUUAAAAUGUUCUCAGGGCUGGAGUGAGGCGCCAGAUGACCACCUUGAAAACUAGUCUAUGAGAUGAUGCAAGGAGGGUGUGUAAAGUGAGCGUCUCCUCACACCCGGCCGUACUUGAUAGAGAAUAAGGAACAGAAAGCGUCUAGGCUUUCCGUGUAGGAUGCCUCGGGAAGAUGAGUUCAUCUCCUUCAGCUGUGCAGCGGGUGACACCCGUGAGCCGGUAGAAAGGGUGGGAUACAGGUGCCCCGGCAGUGAGGGGGGAGGGUUCUGCGCCCCUGCUCGGCCCCUCCUUCCAUCCGUGGGGGGCUGGCUGCCAUGUGGCCCCCUUGGCAGGGGCGGUGGGAGGCGGCCCACCAUCUCUCUUUGUAUGGCAUUCUAAGGUUUUGGCUUGUGGACUAUAAAUAUCAGCCAUCAUGCAAACCCUGUGCAGGAGGCACAAGUGUGAGUGACUUGUUCCAGAUCGCACAGCUUUUCAUCUGCAGCAGUGGAUCCCACAGCAGGCCCCCGCAGCCCUGGCACAGCCCUCAUCCACCGGGCACUGCCUCUCCCGGCAGUCGCCUGUGGCAGAAGUGAUCCUGGCGGUGAGCCCACUCUAGGGGGUGCAGACCCAAUGGGACUGUAAGGAAGCUCAAAUUAUUUUUUUUUGACAAUGUGGGAAAUAAGUAAUAAAAUGAAUGGCAAGAA